AAACCAAUCCUUUCAUAAAACACAGAGCCAUUUACUCACUACUAUCAGUAUAAUUUACCGGCCUUUCAGGUAAUAAAGCUACAAAGUCACUUAACAUAGGAGUUCAAAGGAAUAGACAUUGAAGAAAAAAUAGCAUUGAAAACAAACGUGAAUGGAGUUCCAAGAUGUUUCAGCGAUGUUUGGCACGAUAGCUGUACUUUCAGUCCUUGGCAACGCUAUCUUGGGUGUUGUGAUCGCGCGUAGACGCUUAAUGUUAAAGAAGACCUACAAUGUGUUGAUCUUGGACCUCGCCAUCUGUGAUGCACUAACAGAAUGUCCGUAUAUCCAAGUGUUACUCCAUUUUCUACUAAUUGUUUUAUCCUUAGGGGUUUUCCUUGUGCUGACACCCAUCUACAUCAUUCCCAUGAAGUCGUUCCCGGUGAUGAGCGGAGGGAGUGGGCGCGCUUUCUGUCGUGCCAUAUUCUCAACCUACUGCUUGUUCGUCUGCGGAAAGGCGUCUAACACUACCAUCAUGUGUUUGGCCAUCGAACGAUGGUGCGCUGUGGUCAGACCAACAAAAUACAAGGCGAACUUUAACCGCAAGCGAGUCUCUUUAUACAUCGCCUUAAUUUGGUUGGCCGCGGCAGCGACCGAAGUUUUUGAGUUGUUCGUCGCUGAUCUAAUGCCUGACGGAAGAUGCGAAUGGAUCACUCCUUUCUACGGGGAGGAACUCAAUAAAGCUUUUCUCGUGUUUCACAUCACAAUUACAUUCUACAUCCCCAUGACCAUCACGUGGAUUUCAUUUGCCCAUAUUUGGUACCGCAUGUCACACAAUCAGGUCUCGACUCAGCAAGGAGAUUCAACCAAAAAAAGCGUGGUCAGAAUGUGCAUGUUGGCUGCUUUGCUGCUAACUCUCUGCUGGUUUCCGACAGAAACCUUUUGGAUCCUGAAGCAAUACAAGGUGGUCGUCCUACCCAAUGUUUGGUACUGGGUAUUUAACUUCUUUGCCUUCUUAAACUCCUGCUGCAACCCUCCUUUGUACUGCUUGACCAACAAGACCUACCGCCGGGAAGUGCUCGGCCUGCCUGGGUGUGGCAAGUGCGGAGCAGAGGUUGCCCCAGAAAAUGCAGCAGGCCAAUCCAUGCAUUCCCAAAGCAGAAUCUACGAGAUACGGAAGGCAGCGACGGAGCAGAGAGUGGUUGAUGUUGAGGAAUCGGCCAUGGCUGAAACAAUGAUGACUUCAACCAUGGCAGACGAGUCCAUGCAAGUAAUUUUGUUGAAGUGGCAAGAGACCGUGUCUUACUAUGAAUCGAAGAUACAGGGAAGUAAGGUACACGAGGGCAACGCACUGGAGAGUAAGACAAAGGAGAACAAGGUACAGGAAGAGCAAGGUACGGGAGAACAAGGUACAGGAGAACAAGGUACAGGAGAACAAGGUACAGGAGAACAAGGUACAGAAGAGCAAGGUACAGGAGAGCAAGGUGCAGGAGAACAAGGUACAGAAGAACAAGGUACAGGAGAACAAGGUACAGGAGAACAAGGUACAGGAGAACAAGGUACAGGAGAACAAGGUACAGGAGAGCAAGGUACAGAAGAACAAGGUACAUCAGAACAAGGUACACUAGAAAAAGGUACAGGAGAACAAGGUACAGGAGAACCAGGUACAUGAGAACAAGGUACAAGAGAACGAGGUAGCGGAUGCAAGCGAAGGUGGAGCACAUCGGAUACGACGAUGACGAAGAAACUAGCGAAUCUUAGACAUCAUUUCGACGGGCAAUACAGAGAACCCUAAGAGCAUUUCUCUAUAUAAACAUGAAAAAAAUCAUAUUAAAUCUUGACAUUAUAAUAUUUGAUAACAGUAACAAAGUAGUUGGUGACCAACUGUACAUAAGAGUAAUCUGGCUAAUUUUGUUGUUGUCAAUACACGGAACCACGAAUAAGGUAUAGCAUUUUUGAAUUUCGCUGCCGACGUUCAUUUUUUAGUUAUUAGUUAUUUUAAAAAUGAAAGGUGAUAUUACAUAGUCAUGGCAAUGAUUUUAA